AUGACGACACCGAACCGGAAAGCGCCGCCGACGGCCCAGGACCUGCCCAAGCUGCUCGAAAACGACAAUCGCGUCAAGCUGGCUGGUCUCGACGUCGACGGCAUCCUUCGCGGCAAGGUCGUUUCGAAGAAAAAGUUCCUCUCCGUCGCCGAGGCCGGCUUCGGAUUCUGCUCCGUCAUCUUUGGCUGGGACAUGCACGACAAGACGUACAUGCGCGAGCUCAAAAUCUCAAAUGCCGAGAACGGCUACCGCGACAUCCUCGCCAUCCCCGACCUCACCACCUUUCGCAGGAUUCCCUGGGAAGACAACAUUCCUUUUUUCCUCAUCAGCUUCGUCGAUCCUGAGACCAAGGUGCCCGUAUGCGCCUGCCCCCGUGGCCUGCUGCAGUCGCAGCUCAAUCAUCUACGCAGCAAAGGCUACGGUGCAAUGGCCGGUGCCGAGUACGAAUUCUACACCUUCAAGACCCCCGACGACUCCAAAUCCCCCGCAGCCUUCUUGCAACAAAACCCCCAUAACCAAUUGCCCUCUCUUACAGAGGGUAUGUUUGGCUACUCUCUGAACCGACCCGUCCACAACAAAGACUACUACUACGAGGUCUUUGACAGCUGCGUCGACUUUGCCUGCAACAUCGAGGGCUGGCACACCGAAUCCGGCCCCGGCGUCUUCGAAGCCGCGCUCGAAUUUGACGAGAUUGCCGAAAUGGCCGACCGCGCCAGCCUUUUCAAAUACGUUGUUAAGAGCGUCGGCACUCAGCACGGCAUCAUCCCCUGCUUUAUGGCCAAACCCAAGCAGGGCCUGCCCGGAAACAGUGGCCACGUGCACGUCUCCCUCGUCGACGCCGACGGCAACAACCUGCUCGCCCGUGCCACCCCCGACGACAACGCACCGUGGAAGGAUGUUGCCCACCUCUCCGACCUCGGCCGUCACUUUCUCGCCGGCAUCCUCACCGGGCUGCCCGACAUAAUGCCCCUCUUCGCGCCCACCAUUAACUCGUACAAGCGCCUCGUCGAGAACUUUUGGGCCCCUGUCACCGUGUCCUGGGGCCUCGAGCACCGCGCCGCCUCGAUCCGUCUCCUCUCCCCGCCUACCUCCAAGCCGGCCGCUACGCGCUUCGAGGUCCGCGUCCCCGGCGCCGAUACCAACCCGCACUACGUCAUGGCCGCUAUCCUCGGCUGCGGAUGGCGCGGAGUCGAGAAGAAGCUCGACAUCCCCUGCCCUCCCCUCGCCAUGGGCCAAGACGUUGGCGGCGACGCCGAUAUGGGCGAGCGCCUUGCAAGAACCCUGAAGGAGGCCACAGAGCGCUUCAUGCGCAAGGGCAGCAUCGCCCGCGAGGUCUUUGGCGACGAUUUUGUCGACCACUUUGGUGGGACUCGCGAGAAUGAAGUGCGGUUAUUCGACGAAGCAGUCACGGACUGCAGGGAAAUGAAGCGUUAUAUUGAAACAGUCUAG